AUGUUCUCCUUCUCAGCCCUUACUCUCGUUCUGGCGGUUGCCAAAGCCAAUGCCAUUGACCGUCGCCAGCUUGCUCCUGCUGAGAGCACAGUGGCUUCAGCCUCUGCAUCAGCUGUGACCUCGCUCAGCCAGAGCACCAUCUCCCAAGAUACUGCCGCACUGAACGUCGACACCUCCGACUACUAUCUAGGAUACCGCGAGGCUGACUUCCAGAAGCCUUACGCCAAGUAUGCUCUCCCCCCAUCUGGCUUGAAGGCCUACAGUCAGGAAGCUAUGCUUAUCACUGCUUCUCACACAAACAGGUAUUACAAUCCGGUAGUUGCACCUUUGAGCGACGCUUUGGUCAACGGCUUGACCGGUAGCCCUUGGCCUAGUGCCUUUACUUAUUCUGCCUGGGAGGCACACGACUAUUAUACUCGCCCCGGCUACCUCGAACUCGAAAAUGGCUAUGCCAUCUCUGAAAACGGGACUCUCAUGAUUGCCGUGCGCAGUGAGAUCCCUCAGGUUACUGGCGAGCAGUACGACUGGUGGUUUGGAUGGCACUCAGUCGAGACUGCCCGUUACAAGCUCUGGAACCCGAUAGCCCACCAGUACUCCUACCGCACCCCCUUCUCAGAGGACUGGGCCAACCAGAGCUACGCGGAACGCUAUAUCGGCGCUACCUCCUACAUAGACGAGUAUGUCGGCAACGACGCCGCCAAAUUGAGCAUCGAGUUUGUCCACCCCGAAUCCCUGGGUUUCAACACGACCGCUUGGCCCGAGCUAGGCAUUGAGACGAUCGUCAUUGGCAAGGUCAUGAUUGGUAACUACUCGACCACCGAGUUCGACGAUACCUCCUACUUGAUGCACCAGGUCCGCCGAAUGCCCAACGGGUACCGGGAGCUGCGAUCGCGUUUCUUUAUCGCUGCUGGCAACCAUGGCACCGCCCAGCUUGGCCAUGACCUCGCGGUGCAUUGCAAUAUUGAAAUGACUCACCUGGGUGCUUUCCUCCCAGCCAUCUUCGAGGAGUUUAAAGGUACCCUGUAA